GUACUUAUCUGCCACGUGAUUGUACUACUAGAUCUGUUUAUCCAUAUUGCUAUUACUAUUGCUAUUGCUUAGAGAAUGUGUGAAAAUAAUAAGUUUCUCUUGAUUAUCGAACGGAGAGUCUCUCUUCACCGUGUAGGGUGCAACGUGCAUCAGGUAUGUGCCUACCGACCUGCGCACAGGAAAUUCCUCGGGUGAAUCAUAAAAGAGACAUAAAAGUUAGUGGAGCACAAGAGAGAGUGUCAGGACUUGAGUUGUUCGUUAGACGUCUAAAGUGCUUGGGAAUCAUUGUAAUUGAAAAAUACGCAAUGAACAAAUUGGAGAUCCAUGGUCGAUCGGUACAGAUCUUUGCAUGGAUUUUGGGCCUCAGUGACAUCGAAUAUCCGAUUGGUCGUCAACGACCAGUUAUCAGCUUUUUAUAUCUCAUGUUCCUCAUGGGAAUUCUUACCUAUAAUUUAAAGAGUGUUAUAGGUCACAUAGAGAUUAAUAUAUCUGGUUCAACUUUGUCUGAAGAACUAAUAAGGCUUCUCUUUAUCGUGGGUACUGGAAUUUCGUAUUACAUCUUGGGAUCAGUAUGGUUAUUUAAAAAGGAUGAAUCGGAGUGUUUACGCCAGCUGAACGAAGUCACUGAAUGCAUCGCGUCCAUCAGCAGUGAUACUGAUUUUAAAGAUAUUAAGAGAAAUAAAAUGAUACAGAUCAUUAGCUGGAUUACGUGUGUGUAUUACAUGGCCCAUUUUUUCAUAAAAUAUAUUUCAGACUCUGAAAGUUUAAGCUCUUUCAGUAACAUCUUUUGCAUUAAUUACGAGUCAUUUCUCAUUCUGUAUAUUAACUUAAUGUUCGUCAACUAUAUUCGGAUAAUUCAACUGAACUUUGCAAAGAUGAAUAAAAGGCUCAAGGAACUUACUGCGUUCACUGAUUGUUCGUCAAGUAUCAGUGUUUAUGAAAUUAUCAAAGAUAUUUCGCGCAUCAAGCAACUGCAUAUACGACUUACACGGGUAUCGAGAUCUUUUAACGAUUUUUAUGGUAUAUACACACUUCUGUCAAUAACGCUAAGGUUUGGGACAAUGACAUUUCAUUUGUAUAAUAUAUACUGUACUCUCUAUAAUGUUCAAUCUGAUUCCACGACUCACGUCUACACCGUAAUUCAACAUUGUCUGUUGAUGAGCGUAGAUCUAUAUGUCGUGUUCACUGUGAUUGAUGCUUGCAGACUGACUGCGAUGGAAGCCAAUAAAACAGGAUACAGAAUUUUCGAAUUAACUAACAAUGGAUCAAGCAUGGAGAUUGACAAUGAGAUCGAACGAUUUUCUGUGCAACUUCUCCAAAAUCCCUUAGAAUUCACGGCGCAUGGUUUCUUUGUUCUGAAUCGUGGAAUCAUAUUCAACAUAAUCCUGAUGUUGAUUAGUUAUCUCAUCGUUCUCGUACAACUGUCAACGUGUGAAGUGUGAAGUUAAAAUAAUCAAUGUCGUCACGUAUACUAUGUAUUGUAUGAAGUGUGCAUUAAUAAAUCGUUAGUCAAAAG